AUGUCGCCGGAAACAAACAACCAUCAGGAAGACUCCAUCGACGAUAACUCAAAAUCGUCUGGUGUGCGCCUCCGCCGUGGCCCAUGGUCCCCUGAAGAAGACAGCAAGCUACUCGAACUCGUGCGAUUGUACGGAGGAGAAAAGAACCUCAACUGGGUCAAGAUAUCCCAAGUGUUACAGACCAGGACAGCAAAGCAGGCCAGAGAACGAUUUCACCAGAACCUCAACCCGUCGUUGAACCGUACCCCCAUCACUGCCGAAGAAGGACGCUACAUUGAGGAGCUGGUCCAGAAAUAUGGUAAAAGAUGGGCCGAAAUCGCUAGGCACCUUAAUGGUAGAAGUGAUAACGCUGUUAAAAAUUGGUGGAACGGAGGAGCCAAUCGCAGGAAGAGAGCGUCUAUUCAAGGUUUGGAUAUGACCUCGUACGAAAAACAGGACGUGAAACAACCCGCAGAGAGACAAAUCGAGCCAGCGCACUCCGGAGACCCUAUCUUGCCGUUGCCCAAGCCAAGCGUCAACUUCAAUGUUGGCAUUUUCGGAUCUUCAUCCGAUGAAACGGCACCUACUUCGUCACCCGAAUUUCAGGCCAUUAGGACAGGUAGAAGUGCGUCGAUGGACAUGCGGGCAUACAACUACGACCAUCUACCGCCAAUGAGAAAACGGAAGCUGCUGGAUGACUACUCGACCGAACCAUUUCGAAGACACUCCGCCGCAGGAAUCGCAUUGUCUGGCACCCCUGGGGGAGUUGCUUUACACCACUAUAAUCACACCGGACAUCUCUCGGGCAACUCAUCUCCAUACCCGGCAUCGCCCAUGUCUAAAUUCUCGUCCAGAAACUCGUCCAUUGUGUCUGCAGAUUGCACCCCGUUAACUCAUCUGAGCGACGGAACCUCGAUCAACUCGCGCCGCUCCUCAAUGUUCGCCAAUAUGGAGGUUGCUGGUAACGGUGGCCCACAGUUCAAAAGUCCCUCGCUGGCACCUCGUAUGUCAAGCUCGGGAAUGUCGUCUCCCCAGCUCUUCACUAAUGCAAACAACAGUGGACACCAUUUGCCAAGCCUGCCCCCACUUGCCUCGCUUCCAGUUCCGCCUCCAAAGAAAGAUCUCUUCAAGAAAGAGUUCGGUUUUGAAAAGCCCGCCUCCAACAGCUCAGCAGCUACUCCUGUCACUUCGCAGUCGUCGUCCUCUAGCGACGUGAAGAAAGACAAACAAAAAAUGAGCAUCUCGUUUUUAGUUUGA